AAUCUUUUAUAUUCAUGUAGAUACAAGAAGAAAUGAAUAUUCCUUUGCUGCAUGUGAAGAAAUUUCUUCAGAUGAAGAAAUGGAAAAUCCAAUUUUUUUGAAUUAUGAUAAUUCUAAUUGUCAUGAUGGAAGUGAAAAGCAUAUAUCUCAGUUCUUAUCAAAGGAAACAAGAAAUUGCCAGUUUUAUCAGCCUCCUAAUCAUCGUCCAAGACUCUUACUUUCUGGAAAGAAAAGUCAAGGUCAGAGCAUGCAUUUAGCUCCAGCAAUCUUACAUUAUCUAGAGCAUAUUCCGGUCCAUAAGUUAGAUUUGCCUACUUUGUAUACCGGAGCUUUUCGAACGCCUGAAGAAGCUUGCGAGCAAAUAUUUCGAGAAGCAAAGCGAAAUCUACCAAGCAUUAUAUACUUGCCUAGAAUUGGAAGAAUGUGGAAAACUCUUAAUGAAACUGUACAAGAAACUUUUCUCACUCUUUUGCAUGAUCUCGAAUCUAGUGCACCUCUUUUAAUUUUGGCAACAAGUGAUUGUCAUUAUCAUGAAUUACCAUCACAGAUUCAGGAUAUGUUUGAGUUAAAUGAAGGAGAAGUAUUAAGAAUGGAAAAUCCAAAUAGUGAUGAGCGAAGAGAAUUUUUUUCCAAUCUUCUAUUACAAAAAGUGUUUCUUCCUCCUAAACAAAAAAAUAAAAAAGCUAGGUUAGAACCUUUGCCUGUUGCACCGUUACCUGAACCACGAAUUCUGACAGAAUCAGAAUUGCAGCGUUUGAGGCAGCAAGAGAAUGCAACUUUAACAGAACUGAGAAUAUUUUUAAGAGCAGUUUUGACAAAAUUAGCAAAAGAUAGGAAAUUUUCCAUUUUUGCCAAACCUGUCGAUCCUACUGUGGUACCUGAUUAUUUGGAAGUUAUUAAAAACCCAAUGGACUUUGAAACAAUGAUGACAAAGAUUGAUCAUUACCAUUAUGAAACGGUUGGCCAUUUUCUAGAAGAUAUUGAUCGCAUCUGCGACAAUGCUCUGGAAUACAAUCCCGUUCGUGAACCCACAGGUAGCAUCCCGAUUAUUCUUACAUUUUUAAACAAUACGAAAGGUUUAUUUAUGUAUGUAUUAACAGAUUUAAAAAUGAGUCAGGAUGCAGUCUAAAUUUCAAGUGAAAUG